UCAGUUGACUUGCAGUAAGGAUCACAGUCACGCUGCAUUGUCUCUCCAGCUGUGAAUGACACAAUUUUCGCCGCGUCACCGAACGCGUCUGACUGUAUUUCUGACUGCUGUUUCUUGUUCAAUGAAGUCCAGUUCCUCUGGCAAGUUACGUGAUUUGCGUGUUAAAAGGACUGAGAGGAAGAUGACUCGGCUGUUGACGGAACAACCUGUCCGACUGUGUCACUCGUCGUUCCCUUCUAUGCUGACUCAGUCCGGGGACGUACUGCACUCUGACUUGGCAGCGGCCCCGCAUCCUGCUCUUUCUGGUCUGAACUGGUUGGUUACGUUUGCUGGCUGAUUAAAAACACUUUGCAGGAUCAACGUGCCACACAGCAACCUCCACACAAGCUCAGUCGCAGCCAACUGCUCGAUUCAGUCACAACAGGCCGCUUCCAUCCUGACUUUGCCAUCUUUUCAAGCUCACCCGGAGAAUCCUUACCAGUCCUACUCCAGCAUCAUGGCAUCUGUUCCUUCAGCUGGCUGCUUGCUUGCGGCACGGAAUCCUUAUUCCAGAAACCGACUAAAUUCCACAAUGGGUGUGUUGCCAAGUGGGCCAUGCAGUUUAGAGAAUGCCAUAGAGCAUGACAAAACCCAUCAAGGAUUUCUGCUUGCACUGGAGAAGUGUUGGUGGCUAAAGAACUUUCUGCAUGGUGACAACACUCAGCACCCGACGAAUGGUGAGCUACCUGCCAGAAGUCAUCAUUGAUCAAAAAUGAAAAUUGGACACUUCCCUUUGGUGGAUUAAGUUUUAGUCUACAUUACUUUACGUAGCAUGUUGCUCCUGGCUCAGGGAAUUAGUUGGAGAUGACAUUGUUCCAGCUUCAAUCUGUCAAGAAGCAAGUAUGGUUUCCAUCAGCAGCUUGCCAUUUAAUCAUUCUUCAGCUGCUCAAAAUGAUUGAUAUGGAGCACCUCGAGACUUGCAAAACAUUAAAUAUUUGGAUCUGGGAAGAGCAAUGGAAGUUAAUUUGGAAAAAGUAAUUUGUGGUGUUUUCUGUAUUUGUCUCAACACUGGAUAAUUUUAUAGUAUGGAAACAAAUGUUGACCUGAAUAAAACACUAGAUAGUGUGUGUAUAACUAUGUGUUGACAGCACAUUGCACAUCCCAUGCACUGGGUGUUGCAGUUCACAUCUUGUAUGUUAAAUGAUGUUCAUAUAUUGAAUAUUACGUCUACCCUUGAGUUUCCCAGUAAGUGGUAUUCCUAUCAUGUAUAAGAAAAGCCUUUAGUUUAGUAUGAAUAAAAGAGCGUAAUUACAUUAUUUUUAUAACAUUUGUCACUAAUGUGUUACAAUUUUUUCUAUUAGUUGUAAUGUGUAAGAUUCUGUAUCAUAUGAGGAUUUUUUUAUUGGGAGUAAUUUCAACCACUAAAAAUACUCACAGUCUUGCAUUGAUGCAAUGGUUUUAAAAAUUCAGCAGUUAAUAGUUACAGCGUGAUUUACCUUUUUUAUGAUUGUACUCCCACUUGUAUUUCAGUUGUCCAUUGAGAGUAAAUUUUCUGUCUUGGAAACAAGAAACUAUGAUUGUUGAAGUCAAUGAAAGAAAAGCCUGUUACUGUUGAAUAAUGCUUGUUCAUGACUUCUGAACCAAUCAUGUAAUCGACCUACACACAAGAGGUUUUGCAGAUGCUGUAGAUCCAGAGUAACACACACACAGAUUGUUGGAGGAACUUGGCAGGCCAGGCAGCAUCAAUGGAGAGGAAUAAAUAGUUGACAUUUUGGGCUGAAAUCAAGAUUAGUGAAAGGUCUUGUCCCAAAUCAUUGACUGUAUUCCUCUCCAUAGAUGCUGCCUAACCUGUUGAGUUCCUUCAACAUUUUGUGUGUGCCUUGCUAAGUAAUUUACCUCAUGGUGGGUUUCUCAACUGAAAUAAUUGCACAGUGUUUUAUGUCUUUUAAUAAUAAAAUGAACUUGUGCAGA